AACGUACACAGAGGCCACUCUCAACGUCCGCCCACCAUGUCGAUCGAUUUCCCCAAGGAAGAGGAAAACACCAUCCAGCGAUGGCGCGAGAUCAAGGCCUUUGAGACCCAGGUCGAGCUGUCCAAGGGCAACCCGCUCUACACCUUCUACGAUGGCCCGCCCUUCGCCACCGGCCUCCCCCACUACGGCCACUUGCUCGCCUCGACCAUCAAGGACAUCAUCCCCCGAUACUGGUCCAUGAAGGGCUUCCACGUCGAGCGCCGCUUCGGCUGGGACACGCACGGCCUGCCCAUCGAGCACGAGAUCGACAAGAAGCUGGGCAUCUCAGGCAAGGCCGCCGUCAUGGAGAUUGGCCUCGAAAACUACAACGCCGAGUGCCGGUCCAUCGUCAUGAGGUAUCGCGAGGAGUGGCGCCACACGGUCGAGCGUCUCGGUCGCUGGAUCGACUUUGACAACGACUACAAGACCAUGGACCCGACCUUCAUGGAGUCCGAGUGGUGGGUCUUCAAGCAGCUGUUCGACAAGGGCCAGGUCUACCGCGGCUACCGCGUCAUGCCCUACUCGACCGCCCUCACCACCGCCCUCUCCAACUUCGAGGCCAACCAGAACUACCAGGACGUCACCGAUCCCGCCGUCGUCGUCGCCUUCCCCUUGAUCGAGGACCCCAACACCUGCCUCCUUGCCUGGACCACCACGCCCUGGACCCUGCCCUCCCACACCGGCCUGGCCGCCCACCCCGACUUUGAAUAUGUCAAGAUCGCCGACGAGAAGAGCGGAAAGAACUACAUCCUGCUCGAGAAGCUCCUGACGACGCUCUACAAGGACCCCAAGAAGGCCAAGUUCAAGGUGCUCGAGAAGAUUAAGGGCAAGGACAUGCUCGGCUGGAAGUACGAGCCCCCCUUCAACUACUUCUACGACGAGUACAAGGACGUUGCCUUCAAGGUCCUCAACGCUACCUACGUCACCGACGACAGCGGUACCGGUAUCGUCCACCAGGCCCCCGCCUUCGGUGAGGACGAUUACAACGUGGCCGUCGAGGCGGGUAUCGUCACCGAGAAGCGCCCCCCUCCCGACCCGGUCAACGAGACUGGCCACUACACUGACCGCGUCUCCGAUUUCGCCGGCAUGCACGUCAAGGAGGCCGACAAGCACAUCAUCAAGCACCUCAAGAACUCGGGCAAGCUCGUUGUCGAGUCUCAGCUCAAGCACUCGUACCCCAUGUGCUACCGCUCCGACACGCCCCUCAUCUACAAGGCCGUGCCCUCGUGGUUCAUCCGCAUCCCCGACAUCAUCCCCCAGAUGUUGAAGAACAUUGAGGGCUCCCACUGGGUCCCCUCCUUUGUCAAGGAGAAGCGUUUCGCCAGCUGGAUCGCCAACGCCCGCGACUGGAACGUCUCGCGUAACAGGUACUGGGGUACUCCCAUCCCUCUGUGGAUGAGCGACGACGGCGAGGAGAUUGUGUGCAUUGGCAGCAUCGAAGAGCUCAAGCAGCUUUCCGGCUACGAGGGUGAGAUCACCGAUCUCCACCGUGACAAGAUCGACCACAUCACCAUCCCCAGCAAGCAGGGCAAGGGUGUCCUCAAGCGUGCUGAGGAGGUCUUUGACUGCUGGUUCGAGUCUGGUUCCAUGCCCUACGCCUCCCAGCACUACCCCUUCGAGAACGUCGAGAAGUUUGAAAAGUCCUUCCCGGGUGACUUCAUUGCCGAGGGUCUUGACCAGACCCGUGGUUGGUUCUACACCCUUCUUGUCUUGGGUACCCACCUCUUUGGUGUCUCUCCUUUCAAGAACUGCGUCGUCAACGGUAUCGUGCUUGCCGAGGAUGGCAAGAAGAUGUCCAAGCGUCUCAAGAACUACCCCGACCCUACUCUUGUCAUGAACAAGUAUGGUUCGGAUGCCCUCCGUCUGUACCUCAUCAACUCUCCUGUUGUGCGUGCCGAGCCGCUCCGCUUCAAGGAGGCUGGUGUCAAGGAGGUCGUUGCCAAGGUUCUCCUUCCUCUGUGGAACUCGUACAAGUUCUUUGAGGGCCAGGUUGCUCUCCUCAAGAAGGUGGAGAACGUCGACUAUGUGUUUGACCCCAAGAUGGAGUCUUCCAACGAGAACGUGAUGGACAAGUGGAUUCUUGCUUCGUGCCAGUCUCUGCUCGAGUUUGUCAACGAGGAGAUGAAGGGUUACCGCCUCUACACUGUUGUCCCUCGCCUCCUCGAGCUCAUCGACAACACCACCAACUGGUACAUCCGCUUCAACCGCAAGCGUCUUAAGGGCGAGAACGGCCUCAACGACACCCUCCACGCCCUCAACACCCUCUUCGAGGUCCUCUUCACCCUCUGCCGUGGCCUCGCCCCCUUCACUCCCUUCCUCACCGACACCAUCUACCUCAAGCUCCUUCCCCACAUUCCCAAGGAGCUCCAGGCCAAGGACCCCCGCUCCGUGCACUUCCUCCCCUUCCCCGAGGUCCGCAAGGAGCUCUACAACCCCGACGUCGAGCGCCGCGUGCAGCGCAUGCAAAAGGUCAUUGAGCUCGCCCGCUACUCGCGCGAGAAGCGUUCGGUUGGUCUCAAGCAGCCCCUCAAGACCCUUGUUGUCAUCCACCACGACGAGCAGUACCUUGCCGACAUCGAGUCGCUCAAGGGCUACAUUACCGAGGAGCUCAACGUGCGGGACCUCGUGCUCACUUCAGACGAAGCCAAGCACGGCGUUCAGUACUCGGUCUCGGCCGACUGGCCUGUGCUCGGCAAGAAGCUCAAGAAGGACAUGGGCCGCGUUAAGAAGGCUCUUCCGUCGGUCACCUCGGAUGAGGCCCACGCCUACACGCAGACGGGCAAGCUCGUUGUGGACGGCAUCACGCUCGAGGCGGGCGACCUGGUGGUCAAGCGCGGUCUCAAGGAGGACGACAGCUCCAAGAACCUCGAGACCAACACGGACAACGACGUGCUCACCAUCCUGGACGUGGAGAUUUACCCCGGCCUGGCGGAGGAGGGUCUGGCGCGUGAAAUCAUCAACCGUGUGCAGAGGCUGCGCAAGAAGGCUGGUCUCCAGCCGACGGAUGAUAUCAAGAUGGAGUACAAGGUGACGGCGGACCCCGAGGAGACGGGUAUUGAGAAGGUGUUUGACACGCAGAUGGCCAUGAUUGAGAAGGCGCUCAGGAGGCCGCUGGAUAAGCACGAGGUGACGCAUGUGGAGGGCAAGAUUCCGGCGGAGAAGGAAGAGGGCAUCAUUAUGGAGGAGGAGCAGGAGGUUGGCAAGGCUACCUUCUUGUUGAGGUUGUUGAAGCUUUAAGUUUAAAGUCUACACUAGUAGAAAAGGUUGUAGAUGUGAUGUGGGAAAAGUUCAAGCGAGUCAAAACAUGUGUGGGAUAGACUAGCAAUGAUGGAUGAUGGAUGAUGAAAUGUUUAAAAAUAUUCAAAAAGAUUUCUGGUACUUUGUGUCUUGUGGUUUACCU